CUAAAUUAGCUAGCCUCCCUUGCCUUCUUUGAAACUUUUCGCUACUUCUAAUUGCAUCCUUUAAUGAUAUACCAAGAUUUGCCGAAUUUAGAUUCGAGACUUGAAGCCCUUUUAACUAUCAAAGACGCCCUAAUGAAUUUUAUCUGGGGAAAGAAUAAAAGAAGGUUUAAGGAUAUUUGCCGUUGCGACCAACCGAUUGAAAGACAAAAAGAUGACACAUUAAAGAGGGGAUUAGCGAGAAUGUUUGAGGGCGGCGUCAUUAUGGACGUCGUCUCAGUAGAACACGCUAAAAUUGCUGAAGCUGCGGGAGCUUGCGCCGUUAUGGCCCUCGAGCGCGUUCCAGCGGAUAUACGCAAAGAAGGAGGAGUAGCGAGAAUGAGCGAUCCUGCGCUUAUUAAAGAGAUUAAAAAAUGCAUUACUAUUCCAGUAAUGGCGAAAGUGCGCAUUGGGCACACAGUGGAAGCGCAAAUCCUGGAAGAGCUGUGCGUUGAUUUUAUUGAUGAAAGCGAAGUGUUAACUCCAGCAGACGAGGAAGAGCACAUUUACAAGUCACCCUUUAAAAUUCCAUUUGUCUGUGGCGCAAGAAAUUUGGGAGAAGCACUUCGGAGGAUUGAAGAGGGAGCCGUAAUGAUUAGAACAAAAGGCGAAGCGGGCACAGGGAACGUGGUCGAGGCCGUUCGCCACAUGAAGCGCCUGAACCGGGAAAUCAAAUCAUUGGCUUCAAUGAAUUCUACUGAACUUUUUGAAUACGCCGAACAAGAAGGAGUUUAUGUUGGGUUGGUAGAAGAAGUCUGUGAACUCCAGCGCCUUCCUGUAGUCUGCUUUGCCGCUGGAGGGAUUGCCACCCCUGCCGACGCUGCUUUAAUGAUGCAACUCGGCUGCGACGGCGUGUUUGUUGGAUCUGGAAUAUUUAAAAGUGAAGAUCCCAAGAAACGAGCGGAAGCGAUUGUCCAGGCCGUCACGCAUUACCAAAACCCCGAAGUUUUACUACUCGUUAGUGAGAAUUUAGGAGCACCAAUGUGUGGAAUCGACAGCAGCCAGUUGUCGCCAAGCCAGCAAUAUGCACGAAGAGGGAUAUAAAAAUAAAUUUCGGAAUUUUUUUUAA